AUGGAUAUUUUGCAAGAUGAUAAAUAUUGGAAACAUGAACUGAAUAUACAAUCACGUGGAAGUAAAAGUCAAAAUAUUAUUAAAUUUCAGGAAUUAGUUAUGUAUAUUUAUAAUAAUUUGAAUACAAAUAAUUAUAUUAUUGAUGAUCCAUUAGAUUUUAGCGUCGAAGAUAACAGCUAUAGUAGUUCUGAAAUGAUGAAUGGUUCUUUGAAAAUUUAUAAUGCCAAUGUUCCUAGUCUGCUUGAUAGUGAUGAAGAAUCUGAUUCUCAUGAAGAAGAUUUUAUAAUUAAACCUUUUCUCCUUCUUGAAGAAGGAAUCAAAGCACAUAACGAAGAGAAAUAUGACAAUGCGUGGGAGUGUCUUGUAGCUCAGUCCGAAAUUGAAAACCUAAAAGCAAAAUAUUGGAAGACUUAUUGUUAUCUUUAUAAUGGAAUAAAUAUAGAUACACAAUUUCAUUUAGCUGAACUAUAUAUUCAUGGUAAAUUUGGAAUUGAAAAAAAUCCGGGAGAAGGGAAUCAUUUUAAAGCACGGGAUUUGGUCAUGGAACUUGAAAUUAACGUAUUUGAUUAA